AUGGUUCCAAGCCGAAGCAUUGCGGGUUCUAGCAGAGUCUACAAGUCGCAGAAAAAUCAGACGCAGUUUGACGCAGCUGAGGACCAUCGCAUAUUUAACAGAGCAGAACUUCAACACAAACGAAAAGCGCAGCGAGGUGCGGCCAAGAAGACCCAUCCAUACCAUAACACCAAGGACUUCGCACAAUUUGAUGUUUAG